AACGCAACCAGAGAGUGUCGCGCCUUUUAGCUCAGUGUUUCAGUUCAAAUGCACCACAGAAAUUGGCUUGGCGUUAUAUUUUUGCUUCAUUUUUGUGAAGCGCGGGUAUGCAGGAGUAGCAGUGGCAAUACGAGUGUGGAACAAAUGUGGCGACGAAAUGAAAACAACGUUCGAUACUGCAUUGCUAAUUGUUUGGGGUUGACACCUGAAGCCAAAUCAAAAGCGUCAAAAACUUGCCAAUUUGAUUCAUCCUGGGGAAGAGUGCAAGGGUGUGACAGCACUUUCAUUGUGCCGAAAAAAAGCAAAUUUAAGUUAAUCUGCAACAUGGAGUUAUUCCGGGAUCUUUCCAUCAUUAUUGAUACGCCUAAAACUUCACUUUGCGACAUGAUUACUCUUAAUAUUGCUGUGUUCAACCCAAACACAAGUGAAAUGGAAGUAGCACCAGAUAGAAUUGCAAACGUACCAUCCACAAUCAAUUGGGCAAAACAACUCGGCAUAAAAAUUUUGUUCAACGUGGGAAGCUGGGACGCAUUCGUAAUGCACCCAAAGGAAAUUACAAAGCUGGCUUCAGACAGUAACGCGCAAACAACCAAAUUUAUUGAAAGCAUAUAUUCUUUGAUCAAAAAGUUCGAUCUGGACGGAGUUUACUUCGCCUGGUGUUGGCCAGGGUGUACUCAGAAUUAUUGCACGAAUGAUAUUCUAAGGAAAAAAGUAUCCCAGUUUAUCCGAGACUUGGCCCAGCCUCUAAAAGAUAAAGGCCAAUUGUUUACAUAUUUAAUUCCCGGAAAUGCUGCAAAAGCUGGUAUAACCCUAGGUGACUAUUUCUCGGACAUAGUGGACGUCGUUGAUUUUUUCAUAUUUGAAAGCCACCUUCAAAGUGGCGAUUGGGCGCAAACUGCUGAAUUUAACUUCAAUUUAAAGGAAACUAAGAAAGUUCUCAGUGAAUAUUUAGCGAUCGUCAAAAGUCCGCGGUUUAGAAGUAAAAUCAUGUUUACAUUUCAAACAUGGAUCUUCAAUUACGAGCUUGUUGGCGCCUCUGCCAAAAUUGGAGGCACUGUGAUAAAAAACUCGCAGAUUAAAAAAUUCUUGGGAAUUCGAGAUUGGUGCAAGGCGGUUCGGGACAACACUUAUGAUGUGGUCAGAAAUCCGGAAACGCAAAAUUAUGCAGUCAAAGGCAACACCCUUUUUGCUUUUGAUGACGUUGAAUCAAUAAAGGCUAAAGUAAAAUACGUGAUGAGUUUUGGGUCAGGGGUAGUUAUAACUGACAUGCUGUAUGACGACUUCACAGGGGACUGUGGCUGCGGCAAAAUGCCAUUUUUAAGAGUUAUUGCUAACACAUUAAAAAUGAUGUGUGAUCCUCUACCUUGCUUUUAG